AUGCUGGAACUACCACCAGACACUAGAAAAGGUUUUUUGUAUCUAAUGAAUGACGAAGUCUUGAACACAUUCAAGGACCAUAUGGACCUUGACUUUCUUUAUAUGGAGAGCCAAGAGAGGGUGAAGGUUGCUGCUGUCAAUGUAUCAGAAAACAGCCUCUUGUGGUCGGAAGAUCUUGAGGAAGAAAGUACACUUCCAAAUGCAUUUAGAUGUUUGCAUGGAAAUGAAGUGAUUCAUAAGUCGUUGAACAGACUACCUCAAGAGGGAUGGGAGGAGCUGAUAGACUGCUGGUCAUGCCACAAUUGUGAGUUCAAAACGAUGCUGGAUCUUUCACCCCGACCAAGAAAGGGGGGAUUGCUUCUCUCCGACUUUUUUCUCCUCAUAAAUGAUUCAGACCUCCCCAGAUGCUGUAGAAAGAACAACUCCUCCGUCAGGAAACUAUUUUAUAAUGAGGUUCUUCUGCAAGGAUGUACCCAUGAGGCUUUGGCAUACUCCUAUCUAGACUUUUACUUCCGGAACACUCCUGUUCUUCUUCUUGAGGUAAACCAAAGAAGAUAUGAGAUCAGACAUUUCUACAAAGCAAUGGUGAUGACUGUUGAAAAUAAGGCCUUGGUCAAGAGAAAGGCAAUGAAGGUAGGCAUCAAGGAAACAGAAAAGCCAAUUGAGAAAAACGAGAAUAUAAAUGAAUUCUACUCAAAAAUAACAUAUGAUAUCGUGAUGUCGGGCAUGGUUGGAACAACCGCACUGGGAUAUAAGAUCUCGCUUGUGGAGAAAAAUAGAGGCUAG